CAAAGCUGCAAAAGAACUUUCAGCUCUCCAGUGAUGGCUCCGAAGCCCCGAAAGAAAAAGAAAGCACAGCCAGCCAGGUCCAAGCUCACAGCUUCAAGGGCCACUCCCAAGAAUACUGUGGAACCCAUGCCAGACAAUGCCUCGCUGCUGCCAGUGCAACAGGAAUACGAGAGCAUCUGCCGAAACCUGGAGGAUUUGAGAAGGAGGAGGGCACAGCUGAGGGCACAAUAUGAUUUCCUCCAGCAAGAGGCACAAGAUCUCCAGAAUGAGAGCCGGGAGUUUGCUGGCUACCUAGCCAAGCGUGCCCGAAGGCGCCAGGGUGUUGUGGUUUCUCUAAGCGAAGAGAACCAGGAGUUGCUGCGCCAAAUCCAGAAGCAGCACCAAGAAGUGAUUGCCCGUUCCCAGGAGCAAGAGGCAGCUCUGCAGGAACAGCUGCUCCAGAAGGAAGCUGAGCUGGCCCGCCUCAGCUCUGAAUUGGAAGGUCUACACGAGGUCCAAGCCCUGAAAGAAAAGCAGACAUCCCUCAUUCGGGAGCUGCAGAAGGAGUUGGCGGCUGUGCAGAAGCAGCAUAUGCAGCACCUGGAGGCAGCCAAGAUACGAGCCUUGAAAGAGAAGAUGGCCCAGGAACAAGUGGCAGGGCAGAAAGUGGACGGCUUGGCUCAGCAGGUGCAAGAGUUGGCCUUGAGGUGCCUGCAGGAGCACAGCCAGACAGUCUGCCAGCAGAAUAAGGAGCUGAAGAAGGAGCUGCACCAGCUGGUCCAGCGAGUACAGAAGCUGCAGGAACACAAGCACCGAUUGCAGAAACAAAUGGAGCAGCUGUGGCGGGAGCAUGGCUGUUUGCAGGACUUGGCCCAUCUGCGUGGCCGGUUGAGUGGUAGAAGUUCUGGCCUUGUGUUGCAGGAGGAGUGAAAUGCAAUGGCCAGAGAAACUGCAUUCAGCCAAGACCAUUUGAACACUUAACAGAGGGACUGGCACAGCGUUGAUUAGUUGGUAUGGUUUGGAUUAUUUUUGUAAGGAGGAAUUAAUUUAUAUACCCUUGAAGUAAUCCAAUUAGAAAGUGACCAAAACGUGAACUGUCGAAAAGACUGUAUGACUCAAUGGGCAAAGAACUUUGGUUGCAAUAUAAUGCUUGAUCAAUAGGAAAAAAUGUUGUCAAAUGAAGUUUAUAUUCAACUACAAUUUGAAAGGAAACUGUUUUAAAAUGAUGUAUCAUUGGUGCCUGAGAAAUGGUCAAAGAUGUGUAUAAAGAAAUGUCAAAUGUAUGUUGGAAAUGUAUUUGUAAAAAGGGUACUUUCUACCAUCUCUGGUAGACCUAUGGCAAAACAAAGAAAUAUUGAGACCAGAUUUUUGUUUUAAUUCAGAAGGUUCUUAAAACAAAAAUAAAAC